AAUUAAAGUCAACAGGAAGUGAGGCGAUUAUUCAUUUCCUGUAACGUCGAAGCCACCCAGCAAAGGCCUUCCGUUGAGCAGGUGUUGCUGUGGGUCAGAAAGCCUUGGAUGGUUUGGGAAGAAGCCCUCUGCACUCUUGCCUCCCAUCUAUGUGGCUCUUAGUUCACUUCAGCUCACUCUUGGGCGGGGCCUCUGGAGCUGUUACUAUACUGACAGCUUCAUGACGGAAGCGCCAUUUCUAGAGCAGAGAUCCCACGGAAGAAUAAUCUCAACGGAAUCUUUGUCUCCGGAUACCUUUGUUAAUGGCCAUUCUCAGCUAGCAAAUGCUUUUAGUGACUGGGAAGACAUCAGCCACCCUUGUGUUUGGCCUGCCGCAGGCAGCGAAUGAGGUUCCUUUCAGUUGUCCCCAGAACUCUACUGCCCGAAGCAUCUCUCCGUUGGGUGAAUGCCCAUGACACCGUUUCCUGAGCCAGCCUAGGAGGCAUAGGCCUUAGAGCCUGCGACAUGGAAGCUUUAGAAGUGGAUGACAUCAGCCCAGCCUUGGAAGUCACUGAGGAUUUCUUUAGUACUUUUGAUAGUAAGCUAGAAAAGGCUGUGCAGCACGCUGAGGUUUAUGGGAUUCAGGAAGUCCCUGAACUGGUGGGGCACGAGGUACUCAGUAACAUAACAGACAAUGGUGCUAUCAGAAAUGUUGCCUCCAUGGGCCAGGGGGGCAUGAUUUGGGACCACUGUAAGACCAGGCUCUUAGAAACCAAAGUGCAAAAUGCCUUCCCUGCCAAAGAACAGUUUAUGGUCCAGAAAGGGACAGCCCCAGAUAAUCUUUCCUGGAUGGAACAAAAGGAAGCAUCAACCUUUAAUUUUUUCAACAUCUGUCAGCGUCGGAGGGACAGACCUCGCUCUGUGAAUGACUUAUUGGAUGAGACCUCUACGUUCAAGCCAGGGCAUGCUCGAUCAAGGUCAGAUAUUACCCAGAUGGACUGGAGGGUCAUCCUCAAGACCACACCUUUGCAACAGCAGCCACAACAACCAUCUCUUCAGGGCCCUCACUUCACCAGGCCGUCGUUUCUGUCACCCUCAGCAAAUAAGAUAGAAGAUGCUCAAGGAAAUACUGAUCACAAGCAGGCAUUCCCAAACAUUCUGAAGAAGGGUUACCUGGAGGUUAGGAAGGACCAUGACAGCUACUGGCAGAGCUAUUACGCAGAACUCUCACCUUACAACUUGAACUUCUACAGCCACGACAGCAGCGGGAAUCAGAACCUGGAUGCCACGUACCAGCUCUCACACUUCCAGAGCAUAUCUGUCCUAGGCAACCUUGAGGCCAGGCUGGUGGACACUGUUCUGUAUGACAACACUCAGCUGCAGCUAAAGGCAGAGUCCCCGUGGGAGGCUUUGGACUGGGGGCAGAAGCUCUGGGAGGUGGUGCAUGCUGUGGUGCCUGGCUACGUGGGACGGCAGGAUGAGCUGGCGAACUCACCGGCGCUUGGUUAUCAUUUUGACUGUACACAGAGUCAUUGUUUACAGAAGAAAUCCAGUGAGCUGCUCAUGCGGUCCCCCGUCUCGGACAGCCCCAGACAGUACCAGAACAUCCUCAAGUCCGGGACUCUAUACAGGCUGACUGUGCAGAACAACUGGAAGGCGUUUACGUUUGUUCUGAGCAGGGCCUACCUCAUGGCUUUUCAGCCCGGCAAGCUAGAUGAGGAUCCCCUGCUAAGCUACAAUGUGGAUGUGUGUCUGGCUGUCCAGAUGGACAACCUGGACGACUGUGACUCUUGCUUUCAAGUCAUUUUCCCCCAGGAUGUCCUCCGCCUUCGUGCUGAGACGCGGCAGAGGGCUCAGGAGUGGAUGGAGGCCCUGAAAACAGCUGCCAACGUGGCGAGGAGUUCAGAGCAAAACCUGCAAGUCACACUGAGGAGCAAGCCCCAGGACCAGGUGGGGGGGCAUGAACUCAGGAAGAACAAACGUCAGUCCGUGACCACCAGCUUCCUCAGCAUUCUGACGACUUUGUCUUUGGAACGAGGACUCACAGCUCAGAGUUUCAAAUGUGCAGGAUGCCAGCGAUCCAUAGGCCUUUCCAAUGGGAAAGCCAAGGUGUGCAACUACAGUGGGUGGUAUUACUGCAGCAGCUGCCAUGUAGAUGACAGUUUCCUCAUCCCAGCACGCGUGGUCCACAACUGGGAUACUUCAAAAUAUAAGGUGUCUAAGCAGGCCAAAGAGUUUCUGGAGUAUGUGUACGAAGAGCCCCUGAUCGACAUCCAGCAGGAGAACCCCAUGCUGUACCUGCACGCCGAGCCGCUGGCCGCCGUGGCGCGUCUGCGGCAGCGGCUCCGGUCGCUGCGAGCCUAUUUGUUCAGCUGCCGGGCAGCAGUGGCCGAGGAUCUGCGCCGCAGAAUUUUCCCCAGAGAAUACCUCUUUCAACAGAUCCACCUGUAUUCCCUCGCCGAUCUGCAGCAGGUAAUAGAGGGAAAGCUGGCUCCAUUCCUGGGCAAGGUCAUUAAAUUUGCCAGCUCACACGUGUACAGCUGCAGUCUCUGCAGCCAGAAGGGGUUCAUCUGUGAAAUCUGCAACAAUGGAGAGAUCCUCUAUCCUUUUGAGGAUAUUUCAACAAGCAGGUGUGAAAGUUGUGGAGCCGUCUUCCAUUCCGAGUGCAAAGAAAAGUCUGUCCCCUGCCCGCGCUGUGUCCGCCGGGAGCUGCAGAAGAAGCAGAAGUCUUUCUGGCGGAGGCUGAACGUGGACGAGAGCCUGGAGGAGGCUUGCACCAUGUUCGAGCUGUCCUACCACAACACCUGACGGGGCGGGAGCCCAGCCGGCGCUGGCCUCCCAGUGACCCGUCACCCCAGCGGCUUCCUCGGCAGCCAGUUCACCCCCUUCGGGAGAAGAGUGCGUCUCAUCCUCAGCUAGACAUAGAUAUAUAUUUAUACACAUAUGUGUACACAUACAUAGCUGUACGUAUGUUCUGUAUGAGUCCAUGUCUAAAAGGUCCGUGGAGCCUCUGUGGCUCGAAAGCUACCAAUAGCUGGAUUACACUUAGCCAUGAACUUCAGCCGCCUGCUCCCAAGCAAAACGUGGUUUACACGCAAUGCUUUAUGCUUCAGGCUUUUUGUUUUUGUUUGUUUUUUGGCUCUCAGGGGCCACUUUAUUACACAGGACACGGGAGGAAGCAUUUCCAACAGAACAACAGCUUUGGGUUAUUUUGGGGUUAUUUAUUUUUAGGGUUCAUAACUGAUGAGAUAACUGAGGCAAGCACCCAUCACCAUGUUUCCUAAGAAAAUCUUCAAACAUGGGAGUGACUUUUGGAUGCUUCCAGGAUCCAGUGUCCCUGGCCCUCUCACCUCAGUUUCUCCCACAGAGGUGGGGAUCAGCUAAGCUGAGCCCAGUGGCUUGGAAAUCAGGAGUGUGAGCUCCCCCCGACAGAAAGCAUGCACCCCUAAUUUAUCAGGAGAGCCAGUUCUGGUCCCUGUGAGAAAAGUUUUUUUCUUGACAAAGAAGAGACCUCUGCGACCAGUUGCUGCAUGUUGUCACUCUGUUUGCAGGUGUGAACCCCACCUCCGCCGGGUUGUAAACUGCUCCUAUGAGCAGUUCUCCGGGGGCUUCGUGGGUGAUACUUACGAUAUGUUAAUGGUGCUGCCUGAGGAAAUGUCCGAGGGUGGUGGUUAGCCACACCGGUGUGUAGGCUGGUAGGUAGUCAGGGCAUACAUCCCAACGGGCUGGCCACUGUAAAUGCUUUAUUUCUCAUUGUUCUUCAUUGCACUUUCAUUUUGACCUCUGUCAGUUUAACUACUUCUACUUUCAUAUUUUUAAAACCUUUUUUAAAAAAAUCAGAGUAACCUGGAACGUCAGAAUACCAACAUUAGACUAUUAAGAAAAUACCAAACUUACAAAUAUAAUUAAUGAAUGACAUCUAAUAUUGUUUAAAUAAAUAUAUACAUGUAUAUAAUUGCCACCUUAAAGGGUAACAAAAAAUGCUAAAAUAAAAUCAUAGGAAGAAGAAAUAUAACAAAUCGCUCAGCCACGAGUUCUCCCACUGCAGUGCCCUCUAGGGAGCCAUUGUAGGGAUCGCUGUGGCGGAGUGGCAGGUACGAUGGCACUGGAAGUCAUGGCUCCCGUUCCUUCCACCUCACUCACCUCUCCCCAGAACAAAAAACUAAGCUUAUAUUGAAGCAACGGUACAUUUAACCCCAUUGCUCCUUUCCCCACGCCUUGCUCCCUCCAGAUCCAACUCGCGAUACUUCUGUCCAUUUGGAGCCGUGAUGUUUCAGACUCUUGUGCAGACGGUUAGGUGUAAGCAUUUCACCUCUCAGCCGUGCCAGUCCUUUGGCCCCAGACCACACAUUUCCACUUAAUAGCUCAGCAUCACGCACGCAUUUAUUUUCUGAUUAUACAGUAGCUGUAUCCAAGGCAUGAAGACUUGUUAAGAGGCCAGGGCCCCAUUCACCAGACGCCUUACGGUGCCUUUUAACUCUUGGAAAAACAGCUUGACUCUCCCCCCACUGUAGUUACAGAGAAUGUUGCACACAAAAGAAAAAGGGUGGAAAAUCUCAAGCAAACGCUUGGCAAACAGGCAAACAAAUUUGAUCACCUCCUCUCUCCUCCCCUUCGUGAAAUACAGUAUUUAUAUUUUUUCAGCCUCAAAGAAGAUAGAACAGGAUCUUUCACAAGAGAAUUAUGGACCUGCUUAUUAUAAAACAGAUGUGCUCCCAUGGCAAAGUGCCUUUUCCCUCACGCCCGGCUCCCUGUCACUGCAGCUUACUUCUGCCUUUGCUAUAAUUAAUGUAUCUGUGAUUCCGACUGUCAGCGAGGCCGUCCCCAGCACACUGCAUUUGGAGACCUGAGUGCAGGGCCGUCUCCUCCCCUCCUAGCAUGUUUGCCCUGUGUACAGAAUUUCCUGUUCCACCUCCCAGGCACCCAGGGUCAGACCUGCGGGGAGUGGGGGUAAAAUUCUGGAUCCCUGUUCCAAAGGCCUUUGUUGUCACCCGGGCCGUUCAGAGGGCCCUGCUAAAUAUCUGCAGUCCCUGUGAACUCCUGAGGGGAGCUUUCCACUCACAUUUUCUGCUUAUUUUCAAAAGGGAAAAAAAUAGAUGUGCUCUCCCCAUCAGCCACCCAGAACUGGCAGUGUAUCCCAGCGGCUUCUGUUUUCUCUCCUUUCUGUACGUUUCUGACAGCCUGGUCAGUGCCAGCCGCAGGCCUACACCGCGCUCGCAGCCACCACCACCAAAACCCGAUAGGACGGAGCGGAGCCCGCCUGGGAGCUGGGUCUGCCAUGAACAUUCAAAAUUGCUGUUUUCAGCCCAGAACGCCUUAGAGCUCAUGAACGCCCUUACUGUUUUCAACUCUAACAAAUUACUUGGUGGAUGGUUAGGUAAUUGUUCCACUGCUUAGAAACUGUCGAAACAAAAGCAGAUCUGUGGAUUACCACCUCCGUAAGACCGAGCCAAUGCCUGCUUUCCCUCAUGUUCCGUUUCUCAUCCCAUAUUCAACAUAAAGCCCACGAGAAGAUGGCCAAUUACUCUCCCAGAGCUGGCAGCCGACCCAGGGGAACCUCUUCUCACUUGAAAGGCCUGUUCCUGCCGUAUCGCCCGAGGAACUCCCUCCACUCAGCGCCAGGAACACGUGUGAGACCGUCCAGCCCUGGUGAAGCCCUGGCACCUACCCCUGCAGUAAAGAAGCCAGUUCCUAAAAUAGACCUCACUUUGCACCGCUGCAGGAAGGCCACAAAGUACUUAAAAAGCAGUCAACUGGAAUGCGACGCGUGUUCUUUCCAGGGCUGCUUUUUCCCACAUUUCAAAGCCUCUUUAUAUGAAAACCAUGUAAACACCCGUCUCCCCGUUUGCUUCACUGCCUUUUCGGGGGACUGCAUUACAGUCGUUUUCAUGUCUGUCGUGCUGAAGGCUAAUCAUCUGAGGAGGUGUAAUAUUUGAUUAGCUGAGAGGGCAAUACUCUUUGAUUGUUUUAGACCAGGCCUCCACCGAAAAGGGCACAUUGCUGGCACUUGGGAUUUGUGGCUUCAACCAACUCAGUGGUAUCCUUCAGCCUCCGGCAGAGGGACUGUGCCCCAAUUUCCUCUUGCUGCAGUGAGAGCCGAGGUGUUUACAUCACUAGCUGUCUCAGACAGCCUUUGCUAAGUGGAGGGAGUCCCCUGGAUGGGGCCCGGCCUCUGGUUUUGUCUCUACAUAGGUUCCACACUGAACGUUGACACUGGAGAGGUUCUUCCUGUGCCUCCUGGAAAAGGCUUGGCUUCCAAACCCAUGGGUGUGUUCUCUACCCAUUGGCCAAAAGGGCCCUGUGUGAGUUACUGUGUCAGGGCGGGAACCCCGUGAGGCCACCCUGGCCACCGCAGCGGAGCAUUAUCUGAGGAAGCCCAGGUACAUUCUGCCCCUAAUUUCGGGUGAAGCCAAUGCUGCUGUUCACGUCUGGGCAGAAUUACUCAUCCUCACUGAGCUGCUGCACUUUAUUGAAAUAACUGGAUUAUGAAGUAAACCUUCAACUCCUGAUUCUAAUGCUGCCUGGAGUCAACACAAAAGGCUCUUUUAUUUUAUAUUUUUACUUCUCCCAGGAAAGAAAGAUGCAUGCAGUUUCCCCCUUUAUUUCUUGAGUUUUCUGUCUCACUGCUUUUCUUACUCGGAGAAUUGGGGGCAAGACUGAGAGACACGAACACCUCCCUCCUUGGCGUGAGUUGGGCCUUUGGCAGCACUGUUUCCUUCCUUGUAACUGCUGGGCCUUAGGAGCUUUGUGUGUGUGCCUCGCCAUUCGCACCCGAGUCACAGGGAACUCACUGUCCCGUGCUGAACCCAGUGAUGGGCGAACAAGCUGAGCCGUUCAUGUGAUGAUGCUCUCAUGUGGGCCAGCGUGGACAGUUCAGCCCAGCACCCAGCAGCCUUUUUACUGGCAAACAAUUCUAAUUUCAUUGUAUUCGACAACCUCUGACUUGAGGGGUUUAGUGUGUGUUAGUGCGACUCUACCUUAGCAGGUAAAAUCCAAGUCGUCGUUAAACUCGAGGUAAAAGUCAAGAGAAAAAUGUGGAUCACCCCCUCAGCACACCUGUAGUUGUCAGGUUUUCUUUUAAAUGGGUUCCAAGUGACCACGUUUCGUGGCACUUUCCUCAUAACGUGGCCUCCGGUAUGAUGGAAGGCCCUGUGACACUCCCGUUGAACUCAGUGAGGCGACAACUGUUCUGCUUUGGUUCCUCCCUGUGGAAAGAGAAGCCACCUUGUUAGAAAGGUCUGGAGUGAAGCGGGUUGUUGCAGGUAGAAGAUCCAGGCACCCACAGCAACUCUGCACAGCGAAGCUCCCCUCCUCCCAGGCCGCAGAGCUGCCUGCCAGCCCCUCCCCUGGGCCCGUGGCUAGUAGCCCGGCCAGCAGACAGCUGGGGCCCGGGGCUCCUCCACGCCGGCCCUGCCACUUGUGUCUCUCCCCGUAGGAGUGCCUUAUAGUACCGCCUAGAGCUAGUCUCUGACCCACGCGAAGCCUGCAGGGCCCUUCGCCCGAACACAGGCCACUUCGCUUCUGCCCUGCUGGCUGCUCUACACAGAUCACUCGGAGCCUGCGUACUCCAUAGCAUGUCAGCCUUCCACCCUCGUUUAACCCGGUGCCUUACGCUCACGAGUGAAAAGGAUUCCUUUGGGAAACAUUGAAGGGGAAUGCAGAAACAUUGGCUUCUUAGCUCCAUUGGCACUCUUACCAGGAUAUACAAAAGAUGCAAACCACAUAAUGCUUUCACUUUGUUUUAUGCCGUUUCUUAAAUCACUUUCUGUUUGUUUGUUUGCUCUCAUUAACCAAACUCAGGGGAAUGUCAUGAUGUCACCAAGGCCAAUGGGUAGAGAGAUUAAACCAGUUAUCCUGAUCUGAAUCUGUAAAGUCAGUGAACUUAGACUUUUUCAGGCUAAGAAGUUACAUAAACAUAAGGGUUUUUUUUUUCUUUAGGUUUUGUAUUUUGCCACCCGUUUUCCAGUGGGAAGUGGGAAGCCUCUUGGGUAAAUUGUGAUAAAAAUGUGUCUGUGUGGGUUAGGCCGUCAGUCCACUGAGCUAUUGUUAAAUUAGGCUUUCACCGCUGGAGGCCUAGGUUCUGAUUUUGGUCAUCUAUCAGAAUCCUAUUGUGAACAGCCAGUAACCUACUGCAGAAAAUUUAAGGAAAAAAAAGUCUGUCUAAGGAACGGUAAAAAGGGGAAAUGCUGAGGCUGCAGAUGAAGAGCAUUGAGCGCGGCGCUGCGAAGACGCUGCACAGCUUGUCCUUCCGCUCCUGGGUCAGGGCACUGUCAUUUCCCUUAUUUCUGCUCAUGCACUGCAGAACUGACUAACAUUUUGGGUUUGGGCUAUUAUAUUGCUCUGUGUUGAGCGAUUUUUAAUAGCCGAUGUGCUAAGUUAUAUAUGUGUUGUUCCUGUUUUCUGGAUUUUAUUGCCUUUUGUUUUGGCACCAUUCAUCCAUAUUUUUGUUUACAUCAUUUUUAAAAUAUCGGCAAACUGUAAUAAUAUGAAAUGAAGUAUUGUUGACGAGGCCCCUAAUUUUUAUGGUUAUAUAAUUUAAGCGUACCAGUUCCUAAUGUAUAAAGUUAUCUCGCCCUCAAUAAACAAUGCAGAAAGUA